GUAGCCCCACAGCACACGUGUUCUCUCACACUGUCCUUCUUCAGGCCUCGGGUUUUCGGAACCCGCUUGGUAACUCCCUCCCCUCUGUUUUGGUUAAAAAGGAAAUUUACACACACCCCCACCAUCAGUUUUUGUGUAAAGAUUAAAGGAUCUUAAAUAUAUAUCAUUAUGUGUCGAUAUGUUCAGUAUUACUCUACCGAUUCUAAUGGAUCAGGCUGUAAGAAGAUCCCAGAUGGGAAUCUUUAAUUGUGUAUUUGCAGGUUUUGAACUAAGAUUGAAAUUGAGUUUUCAAAAGUGGUUUAAUUACUUAGAAUCCAGGGUUAUUGUGUAACUACUGGCAAAUGUACAAGCCAACAGUGAAGAGAGGAUACUGUGUCUAGAUCCCUACCAAAAGGAACAAAUAGAAGUCACUCCUUUACAAGUGGAAGUAAUAGGAUCGUUAUUUCUAGGGGGAAAAAAAAAUCACUGCCAUCUCUCUAUGUCAAAACUGGGGAAGGAGUGUUCUACUUUAACUUUAAUCCAACACUGAUUCAGAGAAAUAGUAAUAACUAUUCCCGAACAGGGAAAACCAUUUUUCCUUCAUCCUAAUUUGUAGAGGCACAACUGAUGAAUUGGACUGAGCUGCUCUAGCCAGGUAUGGUGGCCAAAGACCCAUGCAUUUUGUCAGAAUUAACCACAUAAGAGAGAAUUUGUAAAACACAGCAGGCAGCACUACCUCUCUGGCAAGCCUCCUGUCCUGUAUCCAUUGGAGAACACACGGAAGUACAACAGCGUGCAUGGCUUUUAAGACACGCAAGAGAUUUAAAUUUAAAGAUCACUGUAUACGCAGAAGCAUGAUAUUAAAUUAACUGCCUGUUAGUCACAACUAGAAAAAUCGCAACCCUAUUGCUUAUUUACCUUGCAUGUUGCUCUGCUUUGUUAUGGAAAAAAAAAAUUUUGUGAUAAAACUUGUUGAAUUUUGAAAUAUUAAGGCUUAUUGUUUCUCUAAUAAUGUCAAAUGGUUGGCUUUCAGUUUCCUUGUAGCAGAUUUUUGAAUACUUGAAGCAUGUGGGUUUUCAAUUAUACCAUCAGGGAAAAAAGUAGAAAUCAGAGUGAGAGAAAGAACUGUAUGCAUUAACAGGUUUCAGAUUUUGUAAAUGCAGGCUUAAGGGAGGGUUCUUCUUCAUCUUAAAUUGAAUGAAUGCUUAGAUUAGUUAAUAUGAAUUUAAGUUUUAAAAAUUAUUAUUAAUUAACUCUUCUCUUUGUCUCUGCAUUUACCUUCCCAGAUGUUCCAGCCUAUCAUUUUACUUAUUCUCAUUCUUGUAUUAUUUUCAUCACUUUCUUACACAACGAUAUUUAAACUUGUCUUCCUUUUUACGCUGUUUUUUGUACUGUAAAUCUUUCAUCAUUUACCAUUCAUUGUAGUAUUUUCAGUUUAUUUAUUUUGUUCACCCUUCAAGACAAGAAGUAAAAGAAGUAUAAUUUCUGUAGUAAUCAAUGCUAUAAAAACACUGAAGACUGCCUAUUUCUUUAAAAAGACCCAUCUUACCACUACCAAAUUCAAAAAGAAGCCCAAGCAUUAAAAUAUUUCAGGCAAGUGAGACUGCUUUGAAUAAAACAACUCCAAGCUUCCAAGAAACAGUUGAGAAGACAGAGACAAGCAGAAAUACCCCUUCACUAACACUCACACGGUUGCCAUGGACCUGCAUAAGCAGUGGGAGAACACAGAGGCUAACUGGCACAAGGAAAAGAUGGAAUUACUGGACCAGUUUGACAACGAAAGGAAGGAAUGGGAGAGUCAAUGGAAAAUCAUGCAGAAGAAGAUAGAAGAGCUUUGCCAUGAAGUAAAGCUUCGGAGGAAAAUCAACAUGAAUGAACGUGCUAAGAUCAUCAGUCACGAUCGCGAGAAAGCAAUUCGAGAUAAAGUGCUGGAAUCUCCAAAUGACCCCAGUUCAGGGCGAUGUGAAUUUACAGGGAUAAAUCACAGGGAUGGUCUGGAAAAAGAAAAUAAAACAGAGCAGAGCUUACUCUGUGAGGGAAAUCAAAUGUGUAAGGAACAAAAAGCAACAAAAAAAUCACAAGUAGGGUUUAUGGAUCCUUUGGCCACACAGAACCAAAAAGAUUGUGAGGCCUGCCCUGGUCCGAGGACUUGGAGGGAAGAGAGCAGGAGGUGUUCUGGGGCCCUCAACUUGGCUCUUGAAGAACUUGCCAAAGUUAGUGAAGAGUUAUGCAGCUUUCAAGAGGAAAUCCGAAAGCGGUCCAACCACAGAAGGAUGAAGUCAGAUUCGUUUCUUCAGGAAAUGCCAAAUGUAAUUAAUAUGCCUCACAGAGACCACAUGGUCAAUGAUGGCCAGGGCAUUCUUCCCCUCAAUUUAGAAAAAGAAAAGCAGAAAAAUAGGAAGAACCUAAGUACCAAUGUGCUCCAAAGCAAUUCUCUGAAGACAUGUGAACUAGAUACAAUUGAUCUGCAAAGAAAUGAAAUUCCACCACUUCCUCCUCCAAGAAGCACAUCUCGAAAUUUUCCCAGCUCCUAUUCCGAAAAAGCUCAUGAAAGUUUGAAGGAAAGUUUAGAUCACUGCAGCCACGUGGCCCAAGAGGGUCAAGAUGAAAGGAACUGCAGUUCUGAUUUCCUUUUGAGGCACAAUGAGAUGCCUAUCCUGUGUCUAAAUGAAGGCAAGAGUUUGAAAGAUGGUAUCAUGUCUCCUUCUUUGGCCCCCAAAGCCAAAAUAGGUAACAAGCCUUCAUGUAAUGAAAAUGUUGGACUUAGCAUGUGGUUGUAUGACCCUGGGAUCAGUGCAAAAAAUAGUCCCUCUCCAUUGUGGUUUCAGAAAACCUGCUUGACUCCCAAUAAGCCAAAGUGUGAAAAGAUGGUUCCAGAUCACCCUACUAAAGCUCAUCCUGAUCUGCAUAUAAGCAGUGACUAUAGCUCCUUGGUGACAGAGAGCAGCGGCCCACUUAAAAGUUUCAGUUGUGGCUUUAAGAGGACAACUAGGAAUGAAAAACUGGCAGCAAAGACUGAUGAAUUUAACAGAAUUGUAUUUAGAACAGAUAGAAAUUGUCGGGCAAUACAGCAAAAUCAAAGCUACUCAGAAUCAUCUGAAGAUCUUAAGCCCUGUGAUAUCUUAAUUACUCAUACAGGUAGCAUCUCAGAAAAUGACAAUGUGUCUGAUAUUCUGAAAACCAGUGUCCACGUGCCUGUGCCCAGAGAAAAUGUGCCUGACAAUCCCACCACAAUAUCCACAACAGGCCUUGUUAAACCAACGCAGGAACACAUGAGCACCAGCAGUUACCGCAAUAUGCUCCAAGAGCAUGACUGGAGACCCAGUAAUUUGUCUGGUCGGCCAAGAUCAGCUGAUCCUAGGUCAAAUUAUGGUGUUGUGGAAAAGCUGCUGAAAACCUAUGAGACAUCCACAGGAUCUGCAGUGCAAAAUUCUAAAUGCAUCCAGGAUAACUGGACCAGAUGUAAUGCUGAUGUCAGCAGUGGGCCCACGUUAAGUCAGCAUUUAGAAAUACUUCAGUUAGAACAAGAGCUUCAGCAAAAGCCAACUGUGUGUGGAGCACAGCAAGUGAAACAAGGAGUAGACUGGAGAAAGAUAACAGAGGAAUCCAUGGCAGUGAAAUCUUCGCAUGGAAAAGGAUUUUCCCGACCGGCUAGACCAGCAAAUCGCCGUCUCCCUUCCAGAUGGGCCUCAAGAUCUCCAUCAGCGCCCCCUGCCGUGCGGAGGACUGCCCCCAGCUAUACCAUUUCUUUGAGAUCCGCAGCAUCAAUGGUCUGAGUCUCUGGCCUGGAUUGCUAGAUGACAAAAGUCCUAAUUGCCAAACAGAGCAUUCCGAGUGUUUACAGCCAAUCCUAUCUCUUCUCUGUCUUUCAAGAUCACUGGGACAAACGAUUUCAAUCUUAACUUCCCAUCAGUCUUCAGUGUUUUUAAUCUAUGGAAUAAUUAUCUUCCUGUAUUUUGAUUUCUUAGAUCAGAAUUUUUUAAUGCCAUCCUCAUUAAUUUGCCAAUAUGAUUUUGAGUUGAAACAAUGUACUAUAUUGUAUAUUCGAACUUUCUUGCAAGUAGCAGAAAGCAAGGUUAUGUGCAUGGCCAUGUGUUUGUAGAUGCAUGUGUUGCAAUGAGAAGUAUCCUAGUAUGUAUUUAGAUAAGAAAAACAUAUGUGCUAGUGUUGACUUUGAAAUUAUAACCUGUAUACCUAUGUA